AGUAACUACACAGUUAAGUUGUCAUAUGAUUUUGUUGAGGGAAUGGACAAGUAACGUCGGUUCUUUCGUCUGGACUUUUACAGUUCUGUCAGUCUGCUAUAGCAAGAAAGGGUGGAUACUGGAUAGGUGCGGUGGACGUGUACAAACUUUUACUCGUGACCUAAUUGUUGUAACUCUACUACCUGUUUCUUGUAGGCACACAGUGUACGAGGUUGGCUGGCUACUUGGAAGUUCACUGAAUUUGACUGUGAGUUUGCUGCCCUCCGGGCUAGUUAGUCUUGCGGAUUUACAAAGAGCAGUUCAACACACCGAGUAAGAUGGCUGUGUUCUGCGGGUGCUGUGCGUCUCUAGUGACGGGGUGUUACGGGUGCCACGGCCGGGACCACUCGGAGAAGAAAGAGCCAACAAAAUUAACGGAGAGAUUAUGGUUUAUCUUUGUCAUGCUCGUGUGCUUCACAUCUAUGACCAACAUGUUCUUCUGGCUCUCAGCUGCAAACGACUCAGCAUACUUUAACAGAGAUCUCGCCGAGAUGACGGGCAUGUGGUGGCGCUAUUACAUAUUCUUCAUGGCGUUGUCAUGCGCACUGUGCUGUUAUGCUAUAUUGCUUUUGUUCUUCGCGUUUUUACACAUUGCUUGCAGACAGCAGUUAAAUCUCCACGGAGUACAUAAGGUUGGGAUAGUUCUGGAUCUAUCCUUGUCAGUUGCUAUGUUGGUUUUUCCCUGCACUGUUUUGAACUUCACUUCACUGUGGCAUUAUGUUCCACAACUUUUGAAGUUUGUCGGUCCGUUCGCUCACCUAAUUGGAGUGAUAAUAAUGACUAGUUUGAGCUGGUUCGUGGCAGGUGGAAUGGGCACCCUACAAAGAAGAGGAGUACCUGUCCGUGAUGUAGCACUGUGGUAUUUCAUCGGACUCGUUGGUUUAUACAUCUCACCAGUGUUUAUCCAAUCACCGUGCCUGCUGAAGUACGACCAGCUACCGGCCAAGCCGUUGCUUUACGCCCAUCGAGGUGCCGAAGAGCUUGCACCAGAAAAUACUCCUAUUGCGUUUGAGAUCGCCCUGGAUCUAUAUGAUGUAUACGGUAUAGACACAGACGUGCGGAUUAGUUACGAUGGCGUGCCAUAUAUAAUGCACGACGUAACACUUGGUCGAACGACCAAUGUGGCGGACAUGUUCCCUGACCGCUAUGAUGAGAAAUCCGAUAGCUUUACAUUGGAAGAGUUGAAACAGCUCAACGCAGGCUCCUGGUUCAUCAAGAUAAACCCAUAUGGAACAACCGACCAGCUAACCGAAGAUGAAAUAAUUCUGUUCAGAAAGCAAAAAAUCCCAACACUGCACGAAACUUUGACGCUCAUACUGGAGAGAAACAAGACUAUGUUAUUCGAUGUCUGGCCACCAACUGAUGACACGCACCCAUACUUCGUGGAAUGGUUGAAUGUUACACUUGAGGCGAUAUUGGAUACUGGGGUCGAUUUGGAUGAUGUGGACUAUUGGAGCUCGAAUAAUGGCACACACUACACAUUUUCUAUCAACACGUCUGAUAAGCGUAGAGUCCUCACAACGUACAACGACGUCGACUUCAGUCAUAUAAGGAACAAUGCAACUCUGAAUAUCUCAACGAACGUCUGGACAGUACAGGAAGAAUGGAUGUUAUCGCUAUUCUGGUGCGCUGGCACGACGUCCAUCUCAACGUCAUCAUGUCAAACGUUACAGUCUGUUAAAGCCCCGGCUUGGCAACUGAGUCCGAUCCACUACCUUGUCAUGUGGAUACUUUUCGAUGUCGUCUCCUGCAUCUGGGUUCUGAUCAUCUUUAUUAUUCAAAUAAGUCGUAAAAAGAGGAGACUUCAGCAACACGGGGAAGAGCCACCAGAGAGGUACAACUACCGGCACUUCAUGGCCCUGGAGGAACUCUCCAAGAACCAGAAGCCGGUGAUACUCUAGCGGGCCAGCUGCGAUCCGGCCCUCGGGUCAAUUAGCGCUUUCCACCCGGGUUUAUUCAAGGAGGAGUCCGCUCAAGGCAGGAGUUAUCCUCGUGCUUUCAUAAAAGAGAUUCUAGAUUUGAUUGGGGUUAAAUGAAUAAUGAACUUGGUGGUUUUGGCAGGUGGGUCAAUUAGCGCCGUCCACCCGGGUCAAGGAGUAGUCUGCUAAAAGCUACUUCCCAAGGAAGUGUCCUUGUGCUCUCAGAAGGAAAAUUCUGUAUCCAGCUGGGGGUUAACUAUUAAAAGACUGGGUGCAUUUUAUUCAGGACGCCUUUUGUAUUUUACUGUCACAUCAAUUUUCCGUUCGAGUAAUACAACAUCAAAUACGCCAAACAAACCCGUAGAAGGUUUAGCCCAAUCGGUCUUCUUAUAGUCACGACAUUACAAUUAAAAACAAACAUUUGAAAUAAAAAUUCAAAAAACGUAGCUGUUGAUUUCGAUAAGCCGUCUCGUGAGAUCAAUCUUACUGAACGUUUGAUCAGUUUUAAAAAAAAUAAAUAAAAGGGCCUUAUUUCAGGCGGUACAAUAAAAGUGAAAUAUGGACCAUGAUCAUAGGAUUUGUGUACCGUGUAGAACUGUGCACAUUUUACACUAUAGUCCUACUGUGUUUGUUCUCACCAUUAACUGUACACUUUCGCUAAAAUGGGUAAGUGCAUCAUUGAACGGACUCUCUGAGACAAUUGAACUUUGUUCCCAAUAGAUGUUUUAAUAAUAAUAUAAGGGGAGAUUGACCACUUGUACACACGGGCUACAUUUAGGUCCGGGCGACAUUUAGGUACAUGUUUGGGGCUACAUUUAUGUCAGGGCGACAUUCAGGUACACGUUUGGGGCUAUAUUUAGGUCCGGGCGACAUUAGGUACAUGUUUGGGGCUACAUUUAUGUCCGGGCGACAUUUAGGUACAUGUUUGGGGCUACAUUAAGGUCCGGG